GAGACCCAAGUCCGAGACGGAGUCAACUCCACUGCGUGUCUCUCUGCUUAUAAAUUAUAAAUUAACUCGUGGGGUAGAGAAGAUGGAAAUAACUUGAGCGAGAUCCUGGAAGAAGAAAACUAAGAGGGGGGCAAGUAGCUUCCUGGGUGUUGACAGCUUGACGCAGCUUCCUGUAAUAGCAUUCAUUUCGUUUCAAUUUUCACACUCUAAACCAUUUCUUUCUUUUUUUCCAUCUCAAAGAGUGAAGUGUGUGAAAUAGCGAGAUGGCUAUGAACCAAUCACGGGUGUCUUGUAGUCUAGUUCUGUUGAAGGUGGGCUUGGGUGUGAUGGCGCUGUGCAUCGCAGGCUACAUUCUGGCUCCUCCUCUGUACUGGCAUUUCAUGGAAGGUGUUGCUGCACUCAAGCACUCUUCUACUUGUGCACCCUGCAUCUGCGAUUGCUCUUCUGAACCCAUCCUCUCUAUACCCCAAGGGCUUAGCAAUGGUUCGUUUGGAGAUUGUGCAAAACAUGAUCCAGAGGUGAGUGGAGACACUGAAAAGAACUUCGCGGAGUUGUUGUCAGAAGAGAUAAAAUUACGAGAAACUGAAGCUCUGGAAAAUCAGCGACGUACUGAUAUGGCUCUGCUUGAGGCUAAGAAAAUUACAUCUCAGUAUCAAAAGGAAGCAGACAAAUGUAAUUCAGGGAUGGAGACAUGCGAGGAUGCCAGGGAGAAAGCUGAGGCAGCAUUAGCGGCACAAAAGAAGUUGACAGUGUUGUGGGAACUGAGGGCUCGUCAGAAAGGAUGGAAAGAAGGGGUUUCCAAAUCUAAUACCCAGUCUCAGGGGAAAGUACAGACUGCUUAGAAACAUAACAUGGUCUUCAAUGGAAUGGUUGUUGCAUGCUAGCUUUUUUGCUAAUAGAUUACAAGCGUUAACAGUUACAAAUCAUAGUAGGGUCCCUAUGCAAGCCAGGUACUUAUGAAUGUCAAGUGUAAAAGGCUUGUCCUGAUGUUUUUCUACUUUCAAUUUUUGGGUUACUUCUGCUCCUCUUAUUGUUGUGAGCUGGCAUUUGUUAAAAUGUUGGGAUGGAAUUUGUUAAGUCUCAAGUUCACUAAAAGUUAAAUUUCUUA